AUGCAAAAAAAUCAUCAAACAGAGGAUAUAGAAUUGCAAAACCCUCAAUCUUCUGAUGAUCUAGGAAAGACGGCAAAUUUCUUCUUUCCAAAGGAAUCUACACCCAAAAACAGUCUAAAGUAAAUAGUUUCUCAGGAUAAAUAAUUAACUAGCCAUGUUGCAUAAUAAGUGACUAACUAUGAAUAAAACAAUUAAACUUUUGAUAGCAAGGAACAUAUUUAGCAGGUCAUGAAUAAUUAAGUUUAACUUCAGAAUUAACUAAAUACUUAAACAAAGACAAGUAAGAUAUCUACAGGAAAUGCUUUAGAGUAGUUUCAAAGCAAAUCCGCUUACGAAGGUCUACAAUCAUAACUUAAUAAUUUAAAUCAACUAGUUUAGGAAAAUCCUCCUCAGCGCAAUUAAAAUAACAGUUCCUAAUAAUCUACAAGAAGAUAGAACAAUAAUGCAAUUAUUAAUAUAUAAGGUAUGUUAUCAAAUCAGAAUUAGGUUAACCUUGCUAAUUAAAAUCCUGGAGGAUCAUAUGUACCAACAUACUCUUCAUAGAUCUAAUAAUAGUAAGCAGGAGCAUAUAGCUCAAAAUAGUAGUUUGAAAUGCAGAAAAAAAUAUCAAGAGGCGGAGGAAACCAUGAUGAAUUUGACUAACUGAUCAACAAUAACAUUAACAAUUUAGGAACUACUUUGUCUAAGGCUCUGCCUAUCAAUAUCUACAACUCACAAAAUAAAAAUAGCGAGAAUUUGAAUAUUCAAAACUCAGUUCUAUCUCCAAGGUUACAGCCACAUUCUUAUUCUAUGUCUACCAGAAAUGUCAAUGGGAAACUUGAUCAGAAACUAUGA